AUGCCGCUCUGUGUACUGCUUCUCCAUGUGCUAGUCCUCACUAUCUCUGUUUAUGCAGAUUUGACACAAGAUCCGAUCGUUUCCCUGCUUCCACGUCAUCUCGUGGCUUUUUAUCCGCUACUUACAGACUCAAGAGACUACGCCCCAUUUGGAAGCACGAACGGCUUUGCUCAAGAUGGCUACAGUCGAACAAUCAUCACGUCGAAGCUUGGGGCAAGACUCGAGCAGGGUACCGGUCUCGACUUUCCUAUACCAUUACACAGUCGAAUUUUCCCACAAUUAACAAUAGGCGCUUGGGUGCAGGCAGGCGAAGCAAUGGCUGUCAACGAUGGGUGGAAUGGAUCAAGUUUUGGGCGAUCUAUGUGUGUCAUGAAUGGAACAUGGACCGUUGGAGGUGAAUUGGUAAAAGAUUAUAAAGUGAAGAUAGACGAGUGGUCAUUGGUCGCAGCUGUGUUGGAUACAAAUGUGACGUAUUUCUAUAUGGAUGGAAAGUUGGUAGAGGUAAAGAUGUCGUCAAAAGGUAUGGCAAGUUCUACGCUGGUGGCUGGAGCUGCGGUAGGUCAAACUUUUGGAGGAUUUACAGGAUAUCUCAAAGCUAUAUUUCUCUUCGACGUCGCUUUAUCCGAGGUAGAGUUGAAUACCUUGACGAAUGCGAUUGCGACCAAUCAAACUAAUACACCGCAAGCUCCACCUACUACGUUAGUGACCGACGCAGUCGUGAAGUUGGAGCCAAAGCUUCACUUUUAUCGUAAAGAUCACUUGCAACCUUUAGUUAGUGUUAGACAAGCCGUCGACAUCGAUCGCGAGGAAUACAAUGUCGCAUUGCCGACUGUGAAUGACGCAGAAUUACUAUCGGUGCGAUUGGUGUAUGCUGGUGAUAUCGCAGACGACACUUUAAGCCCCGUAGCUGAUGCUGAAUUCACUGUAUGGUCGCUACAGCCAAAGCAGCGAAAGCUUCAUGUAGGGUCGCUAGUGACUGUGCAAGGCACACCAAUGUUUGACGAGCACACUUCUAUGUGUAGAAUAAAUGAAGACAUCAUCUUUGAUCCGAUCAAGGUAACAGCACAUUCUAUCACAUGCCAAAUUCCAGAAUUGAGCAAACAAAAUACCAUCAAGUUUGAUAUCUCCCAGAAUGGAAUUUCAUACACUUCGCUUGGUGAGUUUCAGCUUCUUGAACGCCCGAUAAUCUUUCGAAUUUUACCUGUACAACUGAUACGUACAUUUAAACCACAAGUUGUUGACAUUUUCGGGACAAAUUUUGCCAAAUUAAUCUCUUUAAGCUGUUCGAUCGGCGGUGUCAUUGUGCCCGCAACAUUUUUAUCUUCGUCAAGAGUACAAUGUGAAGUUGAGUCUAUACGAUAUGCAAGCUUGUCAAGUGUGGGUAUCGAUGUUUCAGUUAAUGGAGUAGACUUUUCAGACGAACCUACAGACUUAGAGCUGUUGUCUGCACCAUCCAUUGACAGACUGUCGCCGGAUAAUGGACCUACGAAAGGAGGCACCCUGGUCGAAAUUUACGGUCGCGACUUUGUUGAUAACGUGCGCUAUUCCAUUUUGACCGAUGAUGUUGACUAUGUGAACCCCAAUUUGUUAAGAUGGCGAACAACGGGUGCUAAUUUUGCAGAAAGCAAAACUCUACAGCUUAGAAUUGAGGGUCAAGUUUACCCUGAGAUAACUGAUUUGCAGUUUACCUAUACCGCCGCGCCACGAAUAUCGUCCGUAUUCCCGCAAACUGUCCCUGUUUGGUCCGAAACAGUGCUUGCAAUAUCUGGAAAUGGCUUUGGAGAUUUUUCUAACCUAAGUUGUUCCUUCGUCAAGGUAACUAGCACAGAAAGUCUAUCUAAUUCGAGUCUUUGGCUUUCUAAUGCAGCAUUCAAAACCUCUAGUAUCCUUCAGUGUCCGACACCAAAGUUGUCUGAGCCAGGGUUGUAUGCUGUCUCUGUGUCAAACAAUGCGCAGGAUUUUUCGCUUCCUUCAAAUGGUGUUCGUAUUACCGUAUACAAUGAGCUGCUCUUGGAGUCUGCGUCGGUAUUGGCAGGUCCGGCCACUGGAGGAACAAACGUUGACGUCAUAGGCAAGAACUUUGUGAACUCGACGAAUGUAGCAUGUCGAUUUGGAGAGAGUCAAGGUCGAGCUGUUUUCAUUUCGAUAUUGAUCAUUCGAUGCAUAAGUCCGGCGUGGGCACCAGAAAUUGGGUCGUAUGGAUUAGCGCCGGUUGCGCUUCGAAUUGCUUUAAACGGGCUUGAUUUCUCAAAUUCUAGUCUUCUGUUUCAGUAUUAUGCUCCGCCAAUGAUUAAUACGAUAUUUCCAUGGAGCAUCUCUAUCAAUAGCACUUUAUCUCUCACCUUAUCCGGAAACUAUCUCGUCUCGUUUGGAGGAGUAAUUUGUCGGAUUGGACCAAGUUUAUUAAUUCCUGGAAUCGUGAGAAAUGGAGGUCGAUUAGUUCAAUGUGCAACCCAUCAAACACCUUUUACACCUGGAAUGGUCGAAGCUAGUGUCUCAUUAAAUGGUGGAAAUGAUUUUACUCUCAGUCGAGUAAACCUUUUGGUACACGAGCCAAUCAUUAUACGUAAUAUUGAUAUGCCUUACAUAGCCAAAAACGUUACAUCUUCGAUCACUGUAAGAGGUCAAGGAUUCAUAAAAGGAAUUGCGACGAAGUGUGCCUUUGGAGACUUGUUAACGAAUGCAAGUGUUAUCACCCCAGAGCUACUAACGUGCCCAAUUCCGUCCACCAUAUCACGUGGUCAUGAUUACGAAUUGCGUAUUAGCCUAAACAAUGGAUAUCAGUCUUCGAGCUCAGUUGGUCACGUGUAUGUUUAUGACUUGCCAUCUUUCAACACAGUUUCUUUGACAUUUCUCGAUCAUAUGCAGCAAAUUCAUGUUAGAGGAUCUGGAUUUGUUCUUAACGAAAGCUUUUCGCUCGCAAUCGAAUGCCGAUUAGAUGAUUUUGCUCGUGUGACUGCUCGAGUUAAUAAUGGAUCGAGUCUAUAUUGUGUAGUGCCAGAGAUGGAGUCGAAUGGAGAUGAUUUUAGAAAUGUGAGAUUGAGUUUUCAGAUUGGUCCAUCAAUUAUAAGCACAGACUUAUCGUUUACUUAUGCAUAUACUCCUACAUUUGUUGCACAAGAUCCUGGUGAUGUGCCAGGAAGAAUGAUACUGGAUCUACAGGCGUUUAACUCUUCAUUGAAUCCAGUGAUGUCCCAUAUAAACGCUACAAUAUUGCCUAAUUCUCACCUCAAGCUCUAUGACAUCUCACCAAAGAUUGUGGAAAGAGGCAAAGCCAUAAAUAUCACUGUGCAUGGACAUGAUUUUAUAAGAGCAAGGACAUUUUGUCAUUUCAGCUCGAAUUUUGAGCCUAUAUUAGCCGUCGUCACAUCUCCAGCAUUCGCAUUGUGUGCUUUUGAUGAUGCUCGGGCUGAGACUGGAAGUGUUACUCUAGCACUUAGUUUGGAACGUGUGAGACCUAGCAUUGCCACAGCCGCUUUCGCUCUUAUAGAUGCUCCAAAAAUUUUAUCCAUUUACCCUCGACGCGGCCCGUUGCAAGGAGGUACAAAAGUUGUGGUCACAGGUACAGAUUUUGCUAACAAUGUGGCACUUUAUUGUCAUUUUGAUGAACAAGCACAAGUAUCUGCUACUAGGUUGACCGCAAUGAUGCUUGAAUGUCUUACACCACGCAGUUAUAGCGGACGUAAUGCAAAAGACAUGCCUUAUUUAAUUAGCAUGUCCCCAUCCUUCGGCAGUGUUGAAGGCGGAACGAUCGUAAAUUUUUACGGACGAUGGCUGAAUGUGUCAGAUGACUUUGUCGUGUGUACAUUUGGUACAUCUCAAGCCACUAAUGUGGUAAUUAUUAACUCAACAAGUGUCAUUGCUACAUCCCCGUCUAGUUUCGAAGGAGCAGGUAAAGUGAGUGUGAAAUGCACCCUAGACGGAGAGGCGAUAACUCCGGUAGAUUGGUCGUACGAUUAUCUUCUGUCGCCUUGGAUUUUGAGUGUUACACCACAAUUAGGGCUGGAGUCGUCCAGUACCCAGAUUCUUGUCCAGGGCACCGGCUUUAGUACCAAAUACCCAAUGAUAUGCCAGAUUGGUAACCAUGCUAGUCCUGCGAUCGUCCAGUCUUCAUUUCAAGUAAAGUGUGUUGCUCCACCUCACACUUUCGGUUUGGUAUAUGUUAGUGUUACUUUUGAUGGAAUUCCCUUUCGGAACUCAUCGAUUGUUUUUGAAUAUCUCGCCGAGCCAAUUCUUCUUCAAGUGAUACCACCCCUCGGAUCAGAGACAGGAGUCGUGAUGCUGUAA